AUGCCAGAGCACUGUGCAGCAUAUUCCUGCUCAAAUCGGAGGACCAUCGAAAGCAGGGCUCGGGGGAUUACUUUUCACAAGUUUCCCAAGGAUAAAGAUAUGAGGAAGAAGUGGGAAGUAGCUUUGAGGAGAGAAGGAUUCACUGCAAGUGUGUCAUCAGUGCUUUGCUGUCAACAUUUUAAGCAGGGCGAUUUUGAUAGGACGGGUCAGAUUGUCCGACUCCGAGAUGGUGUUAUUCCAUCCAUCUUCAGCUUCCCGGUUCACCUCCAAAGAUUUCUAAAGGGCAGGGCUACGUCUACCUCCAGAAGAGCUGAAGAAAGCCUCUCCGUGGCCUCUCAGGAUUCCCAAGAAACGGCAACCUCAAACCCACAACCUCAGCCGAAUGAUGCUGCCAUGUCUGAGCACAAGUCCCAGGGUUCUGGUGGUGGUAUUCCAGGCCAGAGAAGCUCACAGGGGGGUCCAGAGAUGGUUACAGUGAAGCUGGAGGACUGCGGUCAACCACUGGUGCUAAAUGUGAUCGUCAAAGAGGAAGAGGAGGAGAGAGGACUCUGGGAAGAGAGAGAAAUUAACAAGGAGAUUAAAGAGGAGGUGGAGGAGGGGACAGUCAAGGAGGAGAUGGAGGACAUAGCCCUCGAAGAACAAAAGCAGGACACCAGGGAAGAGGAGGAAUUAGUAGAUGGAAAUACUGACACAGGAGAGAGCUUCAGAUCUGGUUCAGACAAUGAGCCCAAUUCCACAGCAUCAACAAACCAUCAAAAACAGACAGCGAUCUCAAGACAGAAACAUCACCACUGCAUGGACUGUUUCACUAGUUUCUAUCGGUCAGAGGAGUUGAGAAGCCACACUUGUAGGCCCCACCCAUGUUUAGAAUGUAGAGGAACCGUCAUUUGUCCAACUCACCUCAACUCAAAACAGACUCAAAACAGAAAGAACACACACCUCUGUGGUCAAUGUGGGAAGUUAUUUCAGACACCAAGUAAACUCAAAACACACCAACGAAGUCACACAGGAGAGAGGCCGUACAUCUGCGCUGUUUGUGGCAAGGGUUUCAGUCAGUCGAACCAACUAAAGACACACCAGAGAACUCACACAGGAGAGAGGCCAUAUACCUGCUCUGUUUGUGGGAAGAGUUUCAGUCAGUCGAAUGAACUACAAACACACCAGAGAACUCACACAGGAGAAAAGCCUUACAACUGCUCUGAGUGUGAUAAGAGUUUCAGUCAGUUGUCAACUCUGAAAAAACACCAGCUAACUCACACAGGAGAGAAGCCUUACCAAUGUUCUCAGUGUGGCAAGAGUUUUAGCAGGUUACAUCAACUGAAGGCACACCAGAUAACUCACACAGGAGAGAAGCCUUACCGGUGCCCUCAAUGUGGGAAGUGUUUCACUAGGUUAUAUCUACUAAAGGCACACCAGAUAACGCAUACAGAAGAGAAACCUUACCCCUGCCAUGAAUGUGGGGAUGGCUUUGCCAGUUUAUAUUUCCUGAAGAAACACCAGAUAACUCAUGCAGGAGAAAAGCCUUACCACUGUUCCCAGUGUGGGAAGAAUUUUAUUCAGUCAUCAACUCUCAAGACGCACCAGGUAACUCACACAGGUAAGAAGUCAUUCCAGUGCGCCCAGUGUGGGAAGUGCUUUGGUCAUUCAUCAACUCUGAAAACACACCAGUUAACUCAUACAGGAGAAAAGCCUCACUGCUGCACUCAGUGUAGGAAGAGUUUCACUCGGUCAUCAGCUUUGAAGAAACAUCAGAGAACACAUGCAGAAGAAAUUUGAAGACACACCAGCUUUGAAGACACACCAGCUUACUCACACAGAAGAGAAGCCUAUCCACUGCUCCUAAUGUGGGGACAGUCAGUAGGUCAUCAAGUAUCACAGCCAUUGACAUAGGACAGAGUUUAGUUGCUUUCAAAGAAAGUGAACUUCAAACCACAGAAGUAAAGAACGUUAUGAAAUGAAAGCUAUUGACAAAUCCCACCCAUUGUGCUUCAGAAGAGCCAGGGUUCUUUUUUAACCUUUCCAGUACCUGUCUGACUUGAUCAUUUAUCUGACUUGUUAGACUGCCACAACCCUGGAAACAUGUUAUUUACCUUGAGUGUUAUGUGAUGAACCCUGGACAUAUGGUAAUAAAUUGCUAAUCCAAUUGGUAAAAUACUGAGGUGGAAUAUUUUCAUAUUGAGUAUCAAUAUUCCAGAUGGAUGGAGCACAGCUGGAUUUUAAUUUUUAACUUGUUCAGUACGGGCCUUAUAAAAAUAAUACAGUUUUGGGAGCACAAGCAAUAUUUAUGAAAUUUAAGAAAAUGGAAAAUAGUGCAUAUAGAAAAUAUUCAGACCCCUUUUUAUUCCCACUUGUUGUUCUGUUCUACACUUAAAGAAGCCAUCCAUGAUUUAUGGCCUCUGGUUGUAAACGUGGCAUUGUGUACUUAUUGGUGUCUAGUCAAAAAAAAGCAUUGCUUUCCUCCGUGGAUAUAAACCAAGAAUUGGAUAUAAACCACAUAUACAGCUAAAAUUGUGAGGUUGAAAAAAAAAUACUUUGUUCACAGAAGUCCUAUUCAGCACCAUUCAUUAAUUAAUUAAUAAUCAAUCUUCACACAAUACUUCAUAAUUAACAUAAAAACUAAAACGUGUGUUUUCUAAAUAUGUGCCAUGUUAUUGAAAAUAUUUCCCCCCCAAUUAUUGAAACUGGCAGGACGGCCUGCUUGGUGCUGUGAAGUGUGGGACCAUUUGUAGUAGACCGUUGUGUAUACAGGUUUGCACCUUUCCAAAUCACGUCCAAUCAACUGAAAUUGCCACAGGUGGAUCUAGAGACAUCUCAAGGAACAUGAAUGUAAAUAGGAUGCAUAUCAUGUCAAAGGGUCUAUAUACUUACGAACUCGUUUCGCUUUGUCAUGUUGGGGUGUUAGUGUGUAGAACUCGUUUUCGCUUUGACAUUUUGGGGAAUUAGUGUGUAGCUGCCCACUCUCGAGUAGAGGCUACAGUGACGCGUGAGGAGUUAGGACUUCGUUACAAACCUUUGUGCGGCUUGCAUGUGCAAGUUUAUGAACAUAAUUACUAACAGAAGGUUGUAAAACGAAGCGUUUGUCUGACUUUAAAAAAAAUCCAGAACCGUUGCAAAAACUACAAACUUGUGCUCGGUCUACUUGAGCUCAGAAAUUGCAAUAAUUGUCCUUUAAUAGCGAAUGAAAGAUUAAUUGUUAUAACUAUAAUAUUGUAGUUAUUUGGUAGCUCAGUAGAUUACUGAGUUACAAAUAAUAGAUCCAAAUUAUGUAAUUACUCACGAAAGGUAAGAUAAUAUGUGGAUGUGGAUUUAGGGAAAAUGCUAAUGACUAGAUAGACCUAAGUGUGUAAAGCGUCUGCACUCCGUGAAAUUGCAUUUGAUGUCUCAGAUCCACGUUCGUAAACAAAAUAAAAUGUGCAGGUAAUUAAUAUACUUUUGUGUUUCAGAAUUGUUCCGUAAGCAAACGCGUAAGCAUGUUGUAUGGUCAGGUACAUAAAUGCAUGUUUCUUGAGGCCACGUCGUAUAUUAUUAGAUAUUUCAGUCACACUCAAACAACCUUUGGAUGACAUUUGAAACACGGACUACAAGGAUAUUAAAAAGGAGGUGGAGGAAAUAGCUCUGAAAGAAGAACUGGAGAACAGGGACGAGAAGGAGGAACUAGAUGCUAACACUGACCCAGAGUCUAUAAAACCUGAUCCUGAUCAGAAGCAUGUCCAGAUGGACAAGGACAGGGACAACCUGGAGAGGGGUAUGAUCAGCAGAGUGGCAGCUGGAAUCGUCAUCUAUCGUCUUGAUCUGCAACGCAACCAGGAGGACUUUGGAUAGGGACAGCAAUCAGUAAUAAUAAGUCCAGAAUCCACAACUUUAUUUGUCAGUGGUGUAUGUUUUUCAGCCUUUUCCAGCGUUUUUCAACAUCUCUUAUAAAUAGCAUCUGACAUGACUGAAAUAAACCAGCAGUUUGAUCUGUUCCACAAUCAUCCUCUUUUGUAUGGAGCCUGCUUGUCUAAAAACUCUAGUUAAAUGCUCUUGUGCCAGCUCUGCUUUAGGUAAAGCAGAAACAAUUAAUAUUACUCUGAUGAAGGGUGUGUAAAGUGUUAAUUACAAUGUAUGUAAUUUCUUAUAGUGAUAAUGUGAUGUUUUGCUCACUGGGUUUUGACAUCUCUCGUACAUUUAAUGGAGCAAUGGUCACCUGUUUGUUGAAAUAUAAUCAAUCAACAUAGACUUUGCAGGUAUGUUAAGAUUAACCCUUGUAGGCUUAGUGAAUCACUGUGUAAGAUUUAACUCUGUACAGAACUCUUUUAGACUAUCUAAAACUUGUUUCCCAGUCCAAGCUAAAAUCUCCACGGAUAAUCACCUCAGAUGAAAGUGGAGUGUCCUCUAUAUAUAGAAUAUGUUACAUGGUUGAUUUUUUAAAAUUAUUUACAUUUGAGAAGGGUUUGUUAAUUUAGCUUCACAUUACUGGUCUGGUCAACUUGAUCAAUUCUCAGAGUUGACUUAAUUUGUUCUACCAUUGCAAACCUUAUUAACCUUGGGUAUCACACUAUGUUUCCUUGUAAUGAGAUGAUGAGAUAAUGAGAUGAAGUCCAUUUUAGACUGUAUAUUGAAUUGUGACUGUCAUUUAAACAGUAUCGCUGUAUUAUGGUACUAUUGUGGUACUGAAAGAGUGGUCUAGAUUGACUUAAAUUGUAUAUUAAAAAUAAAGCUGUCACAGUGA